AUGUAUGACAUGUUCCUUCCAACUCAUUGUUCUUCUUGUUCAUAAAUUCUUCCUUUCGUUAAUCUUUGCUAAUUAACAUAUGGAAUUUGAAUAUUUGGAGCAACCAAUCUUAAGAGAAAUCCAAUACUCCCCUUCCCCUACAGCAAUCAUCAGCAGCACUGGUACGACAUCAGCUUCUCCUGAUCAUCAAUCAUCAGAUUCAUCACCUUAUGAUGACUGCAACCGCGGCGGAGAAUCGUCAUUCUGUGCAACACUUGAGAUGGAGGAGGUGCCAAAGAGCGAGUCCGAGCAGCUAAGGCUGUCUUGGCUACGCUCUCAAGUCAUCGGUGCCGCUGCAGAAUUCGAUUCUCCUUUCGGGAGACGAGGACUCACCUACGCGGAUCACACUGCCUCCGGACGCUCUCUUCUCUACAUCGAAAACUUCAUCGUCAAAAAUGUCCUUCCCUUUUACGGGAAUACUCACACCUGUGACAGCUUCGUCGGAAACCGGACGACGAAAAUGGUGGGAGAAGCAGUCAAGUACUUGAAGAAAUGCUUAGGGGUUGGAGCAGAUGAUGCACUCUUGCUGUGCGGCCAAGGCACUACCUCAGCAAUCAAAAGGCUCCAAGAGGUGAUGGGCAUUGCAGUGCCGUCAACCCUAAGAGAUAGAAUACUGAGCAGUGAUUUGAUAGGCAUGGAAGAGAGGUGGUUGGUUUUCGUCGGCCCUUACGAGCACCACUCGAACCUCCUCUCGUGGCGGCAAAGCUUAGCUCAAGUGAUCGAGAUCGGUCUAGACGAGGAUGGCUUGUUGGACAUGGAGGCUCUUAGACUACAACUCGAGUCGUACAAGUACGCCAACCGCCCCAUUUUGGGUUCCUUCUCGGCUUGUAGCAAUGUCACCGGAAUUUAUUCGGAUACACGAGCAAUCGCUCGUCUUCUUCAUCAAUAUGGCGGCUUAGCAUGCUUUGAUUUCGCAGCAAGUGGGCCGUACGUGGAAAUUGAGAUGAGGAGUGGACAGAUGGACGGGUACGAUGGUAUUUUCCUGAGCCCACACAAAUUUGUAGGUGGGCCCGGAACCCCAGGCAUACUUGUGAUGAGCAAGGCACUGUAUCAGCUCAGGUCUUUUCCCCCGUCAACUUGUGGGGGUGGGACUGUUGCUUACGUCAAUGGCUUCAAUCCUGAGCAGGACACAGUGUACUGCGAGGACAUAGAAGAGAGGGAAAAUGGGGGUACUCCUCAAAUCAUCCAAACAAUCAGGGCAGCCUUGGCUUUCUGGGUGAAGGAAUACAUUGGUUAUCAAGUCAUUGAAAAGAAAGAGCAACUCCAUGUUAAAAGGGCACUAGAGAGGCUUCUCCCUAACCAAAACUUAUGGAUUUUGGGAAAUACGAGCACCAAAAGACUAGCCAUUUUGUCCUUCCUCGUUUAUUCUACGACCAAUUGCUCCUCAACGGCUGCCACAAAAACAGAUAUUGGCAGAGAGGGAGCUGACCAAGGGCUCUACAUGUGGGGAGAGACAGGAAACAGCAGAGGCAAGCCCCUUCAUGGGGGCUUCGUCGCAGCUCUGCUCAAUGAUCUAUUUGGUAUUCAGGCUCGAGGUGGCUGCGAUUGUGCUGCACCCUAUGGUCACAAUCUCCUCAAAAUUGAUCAAACUCUUUCACAUGCCUAUAGAUCUGCCAUUCAGAAGGGCUAUCUCGGAGUGAAACCAGGGUGGACUAGAAUCAGCUUUCCCUACUACAUGCCAAACGAUGAACUGGAGUUCAUUUUAGCUGCGCUGGAGUUCAUAGCUAUGUAUGGACAACGUUUUCUUCCUUUAUAUAACUUCAGUUUGAGAAGUGGAAGUUGGACUUACAAGAAGAAGGCACUUCAAGACCUAAUUGGGAAGACCAACUUCAACUUCGAUGUCAAUAGUUUGCCCAUCCAUGGGGACAAUGCUACACAGGGAAAGUCAUCUAAAGACGGAAACAACAAGCUGCUCACUAGAUUUUCUUUAUAUCUAGAAACUGCUACAAACAUUGCGAAUUGCUUGCCCAAGUUUCCUCCUCAGCGUAGGCUUCUGGAAGACAUAGACAUCGACAUGUUGUACUUCAGAGUCUAACAACAAUUCUUUCAUAUAUUUGUUAAUUUUUAUGAUACAUAGGGUUUCUUCGCAAUAUAAAAUAUGAACUUCAUAUUCGUUUAUCUAAAUUACAUUUAUAGACCUUGAAUUUUGAACA